GGCCUCCUGCUGGAGAUCGUGAGCUCCCCGCUCAACCUCAGCCUGCUGGGCCUCUGCCUCUUCCUCCUCUACCAGAUCGUCCGCGGCGACCGGGCCCGCGCCCAGCCCGACGGCGAGGAGGAGGGGGACGCGCCGCCCGCCUUGCCCAAGCUCAAGCGCCGCGACUUCACCCCCGCAGAGCUGCGCCCCUUCGACGGCAUCCAGAACCCGCGCAUCCUCAUGGCCGUCAACGGGAAGGUCUUCGACGUGACCCGCGGCAGGAAGUUCUACGGACCCGAGGGCCCUUAUGGAGUUUUUGCGGGAAGGGAUGCGUCGAGAGGCCUUGCUACCUUCUGUCUGGAUAAAGAAGCUCUGAAAGAUGAAUACGAUGAUCUUUCCGAUCUUGAUGCCUCACAGAGAGAGACACUGAGUGACUGGGAACAGCAGUUCACAUUUAAAUACCACUAUGUAGGGAAACUUUUGAAGGAUGGAGAAGAACCCACUGUGUAUUCUGAUGAGGAAGAAGUGAAAGAAGCCAAAGAUCGCAAGAAUGAUUAGCAAACGCAGGGAGGAACAACCUGAAGAUUGUUGGUUUUUUUGUUUUUUGCUGUUCAAUUUUUAAAGGACUAUUUGCCACAUUACAGUUCUACUUUACCCAUCUGAAUAUCCACCCUGUUUUUAGACAUUGUGCAACUUGCAGCAAAUUGGCUGCACUUAAAACCACAUUUUAAUCUAUAUUCUCAGACAACCUUGAGCUAGUUAAGGCUGGGCUUCUUAAAUAAAAACGGUGAGAUUCGAUCUA